GAAUUUUCGUACGUAAAUUUAUUGAAUCGAGUGGGCAGUGUUUUAAUCGUUUUGGCUGCCUAAAACGGUCAAAAUUACGAGUAGCCCUCCGAUGGACGUGCCUUCCGAGUUCUACUCGUUUCCCGAGAUCGAUAUGUUACGAUUGUGCAACAGGUUUCCGGCAUUCGCACACAAUUUCGUACGGAAUAAUCACCUCUUUUACGACACGGUCGUGGAUAAAAAGAUCAAGAACGUUCCGCCAUCGCUUUUGCUGAAGAGAUUUCCCAGAUGUGACAAAAUUAACCAUUUAGUGUUGCUGCGUGGAACGAUCAUAAAAGUAAAUCCGAUUUUGCUGAAGGAUGUUGAGCAGUCCUACCGCUGCCUGUACUGCGAUCACAGCGAGAUCGUGAAGUUGGCAAAUUACAAAAAGAAAAGGAAAAUUAUCUGUGAAAAGUGUGGGAAGAACGACUUCAAGGUUGAUGAGGUUUUUACAAAAGCAAAAAACUGUCAAAUAAUACGUAUACAGGACAUUGGGAAUCCCCAGACGAUGUCGGACACCAUUGAAAUACUUAUAACGGGCGAGCAGGCCGGCAAAUUCUUACCAGGCGAGAAUAUUGAGGUGCUUGGGAUAGUGCGGCUCAAAUGGCCGUUGCUCAAGAUGAAUGAGAAGCUGUCACCCGUAAUUUAUUUGCAGUCACAUUCUAUCAGAAGAACAGAAAGAAAAGAGCGCUUGAGAUUUGAGGGCCUGAACGACUUUAUGAACGUGGAAUGCUUCGACAAACAGCGCUUUUUGCUAAAAAAUUUCAUGAACGAAAUUGUAGGCUGCGAGAAUGUCAAGCUCGGUAUUUUGCUCUCUGUUAUUGGCAAAAAGAAAAAAGACAAGGAAACAAGAAAUAACUCGCAUAUUAUGUUGGUGGGUACCCCAGGAACAGGCAAGUCGCACUUUCUCAGGUCCAUUGCGCAUUUAGCACAUUCAGUGUCAAUUAAUGGAAUAGGAACUUCUGAGGCGGGCUUGACGACGUGUGCGGUAAAGCAGGGCAAGGAGUGGCUUUUAGAGGCUGGUGCGCUUAUAUUAGCGGACAACGGAAUCUGUUGCAUCGAUGCAUUCGAUGCUCUGCCGUUGUACGAUAAAAGAGGACUUUUGGAGGUGAUGGAGCAGCAGACACUAAGUGUUGCCAAGGCAGGCCUGGUAUCUACGCUGAAUGCGCGGUGUUCAGUUAUAGCAGCUUACAAUAUCAGCUACUACGAUAUGUGCAAGUCCAUCUGUGAAAAUCUUAGGAUCAGUUCUCCAUUGGUAAGCAGAUUCGAUCUGAUUUUUCUUAUCGAUGAAAAAUACGAACAUGACUAUGUAAUAAGCCAAAAGGUGUUGACCAGAAGUGAAAUAAAACACAAGAAACAACAUUGGAACUUGGGAAUAUUAAAAGAUUUCCUUGAAACGGUAAGAAACAACGAAACAGACGUGAAUAUCGAGGCUACCAACCUGAUCAAUACAUAUUUCAAAUGGCGCAGAACACAGAAAACCGAAAUGUUUACCAUAAGGAACCUUGAGAGCAUUCUGAGACUGUCGGAAUCACAUGCAAAGUUGCUGGGAAAAGCCGUUUUGGAUGAGGAUAGCGUUAUGACAGCUAUUUUUUUGAUUGAAAGUUCGUUGUGGAAGAGCCAAAAAAUCGAACUGGACACGAAGCGUAUUUUCAUCGACAAAGAAUAUUUUGGUGCAAAAGCACAGGAGAUGAGAGCAUUGAUGAACAAUUGAGUGCUUGGUGACACAUUAGAUCAGAAUGUAGCGUUAGUAGUCUAUUGGAUAUUUUAUAUAAAACACACAGGAACAAAAAUCACACGGAGUAGCCGGCAGGCAAUUCAUAAAAACAAACAAAAAAUCUAGAAAUAAAUAUGUGAUGAAAAACGAACAGAAAUCAAUCAAAUAUGCUUACUAUCCCAUUUUAUAAAACUUUUCCACGCGUAAAAAUGCCCUGCCAAGUCAUGUAGCAAUGAAUAUUUGACUCUCAAACUUAGAACAUGUUAAUAUAAUUCUUCCACUGCUUCAAUAACGAAUCCCUCGGCAGAGAACACAAAUCCCUCACUCUCUAAUCGGUAAAUUUUACCGCCCACUGCAGAAUAAUCACCCUCAGCCAGGUCAAAACCAUUCAACCAAUCAAGAUAGUUUCUUUUUUUGCCAAGAACAUCAACAGGCGUGAUUACAUCAUCUUGCAAUACAAAUUCUGCGCUACUUGCAUCAUCAGGUGUGCCGUAAAUUCUUUUCGUCUUAUUGUAGUAUUUAAAGGACGAUUUGCACAUGAUUACUAUUUUUUGGCUCUUUGAUUCAUAUAUUCUGUACUCGUUGCCCUUAACAUCCUGAGAUAACUGUUCAUAUGCAUACAGUUCAACAGCUUCCCUAUAGUUGAGCCUUUUUGCUUUCAUAUCCACAAAUUUUGUGAUUUUGAGAUGCGAGAGCUCUUUUACUGUGAAAUUUAUGACAAAGUUCUUGUUCUUCAGCUUGUUGUACAUCUGAUCGGUGAUAAAAAUCGUGUUUUGGUUGCCUAUGAAGCUGUUCGAAUAUUCAACAGGCUUGCACUUUUUAAUAUCAGUGAUUUUGAUAUUUUUGUAGCUGUUUGCCGAUCCGCCAGCAGACAUCUCGUAGUGAUCCUUUGUCUUUAUCGUCUCUAUCUCCACAAAGCUGUUUUCAUCAAAAAAUGCCUGGGCCUCCGAGAUAUACUGCGAAAUCAAAGAGUUAUAAAUUAUUUUAAACGGUGUCGUUUUCUUUACAGUAUUGCGGUAGUAGUUCAGGUCUUCUUUUAGCUUAUCGGAUGGAUAAGAAAUGUCAUAAAGAUUAAAAUACGUGUGGUUCAGAAAAACUGUCUUGAACAGGUGGUUGUAGUACGAGAGGCAUUGAAAUGAAUCGUUGAAUGACAUAUUACCUGUUGUUUCAUAUAUCGUGGCCAGAAUAUCGCUUGUAAACAUGCUGUCAGCUGCUGUAUUAUUAUCCUUUGAGUGAUACAAAACAUUAUCGAAAUUAUUGCCAGGCACAUUCUUAGUCGUAUCAUUUCCUUCUUCCAUAUUCUCAUCAAAAUAUCUCCUGCUCUGCUUUUUAUAGUUCUUUAAUUUCUUUUUAUCCUCUUUCUCGUCUUUUUUUUCGGUACUUCUGGCUAUGACCAUAUAACAAAGCGUGGGGGUACUCAGGCAUUUUCCAUAUUUACAAAAAG